AUGGGAACAAUCAACGCGCUUUGGUUGGGUAUUGCCGAUUUUGUUGAUCAUACAUGCAACUCUAUUUCAGAACUUGUGACAACCAUAAGAUUCACCGGUUUUAAAGAUUUUUUAUUCAUAGAUGUGGAUCUGCUUUAUGCACUUCAGGUGUUGCCAGAUUCAAGAAAAUCACUCCACAGUAAGACCAUCACCAAACUGCAAAAGAAUUCACUUUUCGAAUUACUUAAUAAUACCGUUACCAAAGAAGGGGCAAAGUUAUUAAAGGACUGGAUUCGAAAACCAUUAGUUGAUCGUGAUAAAAUCAAAGAAAGACAACAAAUAAUCCAGCUUCUUGCAAGUCCGGAAAACUCUGAUGUUAGAUAUAACAUAAGAAAAUGUUUGACUGGAACAAAAAAUAUCACAUUAACAAUUAAAGGAUUACAAACUGGUAAACAAGUAUGGAAUAAUUGGAAAAACAUCAUUCUGUUCUUACAAAAUACUACAGGCAUACUGAAACAUGUUAAAAAUUGCUAUGCAGAAACUAAGGGAAUCUCACCUCCUGAUGCUCUAUCUAUUUUUAUGAGUCCUAUAAUCAUUCAAUUGAGUCAGUUACAGGAAUUCAUUGUUCAAUAUGUUGAACCAAUAACUUCGGAGGAGGAUGGAAGGGUACGAAUCCUCAAUGGGAUCGAUCAAGAUCUCGAUGAUAUGAAAAUUCAAUAUAAUGAUCUCGAUAGAAUAUUACAAGAAACUACCCGAUCAAUUGCUAGUAAAUUCCCCGACACGGAUCAAACAUUCAACACAGUUUAUAUCCCUCAGUUAGGAUUCUUAGUAUCUCGGGAAGAGGAUAUUCAAUCUGUAGCUUUAUUUGUGUCAGAUGAAUGGCAAGAAGUAUUUAGAACAUCGACCAAUGUGUAUUACAAAUCUGAAGAAGUGCUUUUUCUUGAUCAAGAAUACGGUGAUAUUUACACUUUAAUUAAUGAUCGUGAAAUUGAAAUCAUUCAAGAAAUUUUGGAAAAAGUAUUAGAAUAUGAAGAUCUGAUCCUUGAAAUCGCUCGUGCUGCUGUUGAACUCGAUUGUUACUGUUCAUUAGCAGAAGUGGCACAAUUGAAUAAUUACAUAUUUCCUCGUAUAACUAAUGAUUUACAAUUAGAAAUUAUCCAAGGCAGACAUCCAUUAGUUGAAACACAUCUGAAUCUAUUUGUCCCCAAUGACACAGUAUUUGAACAGGUUGAAAAAAUUAUGGUUGUCACUGGAGCAAAUUUAUCCGGAAAAUCUGUUUAUUUAAAUCAAACAGGGUUAAUAGUAAUCAUGGCUCAAAUUGGUUCUGCGAUCCCCGCUGAUUCGGCAACCAUUGGAAUUGUUGACAAAAUUUUAACCCGAAUACUGACUAGAGAAUCACUUGAUAAAAAUCAAAGCACUUUUGCUAUUGAUAUUUUCCAAUUAUCUAAAUGUAUUUCAUUAUGUUCUGGUAGAUCACUUGUCAUUGUGGAUGAGUUUGGCAAAGGAAGUGAUCACACGGAUUCUACUGCUUUGUUUGGAGCAUGUUUAAAAUAUUUUGAAUCUCUUGGCUUGCAAAACUGCCCCAGGUGUUUGUUUUCAACUCACUUCUUAGACUUGUUUAAAGACAUACAACUCCUGGAAAAGUUUCAAUCACUGAUGUUCAAAUUGGUAUCUACCGAAAUACUUCUUGAGAAAAAUAACGACGAGAGUGUGACCUAUUUGUAUAAAGUCAAGCAAGGAAUUGCCGCUAAAAGUUUUGGGAUAUAUUGUGCCAAGAUAUGUGGUAUACCACAAGAGGUCAUUUCCAGAGCAGAAUACAUAGCUGAUAAACUUGAAAAUGGUGAUGAUAUUGUUAAUGAAUUGACUAAAUUAUCACCACAAGAAGAGGCCGAAUUCAUGGUUGCAAGAUCUAGAGUUACAAAAUUUCUUGGAAUUGAAUUUGAAAACGAAGAUAUAUCUAUAAAUGAUUCUAUGCACUACAUGUCAAAAUUUGAACAAAUAUUUCAUCCAAACAAGAACUAA